UUGGGAGUAGGGCACGAGGGUGUGUGUCGUUUCGUUAGCUGAGUGGCUUUAAAGGUCCAUUUUUGUCUUCCUCCCCCAAAACGAAAUUACAACCAGCACCCUCUCUUCCCCUAGGUUUUACAAAGAAAGCCACCACCACGUGAACUGGUAGUCAGUCUUCUGACGACCUCGCUGACAUUGUUGACUCAAGACUUUGUACCAAACGAAGUUAUUGUAGAAGAAGGUUUUGCCGGUCUAUCGGUCUUCACCGGUCAGAUGACUGAUUGGGUUAUCCCUGUCUUUCAAUAUGGGGGGAGUUUUGUCAAAGAUAACAAGGGUGAACUACUUUACAUUAAUGGGAAUGUAAAGAGAUUUCCUCCUUUGGAUCUUGAUUUAGUGAAUUAUUUUGAUUUGAAGAAAAUGUUUGAAGAACUUGGCUACCAUGCAUACAAAAAGAUGUAUUGGUAUGACCCAACAGCUCCUAGUUAUGAAGCAGGCCUACAUCCUAUAUAUGGAGACAAAGAAAUCAGAGAGAUGUGUGACAAAAAGAGGGAGGACAGAGAGACGGAUGAAUUGUGUCUGUUCUUUGAUCAUCCAAUUAUGGAAGAUGUUGAUUUUGAGGAUAGUGAUGAUACUGAUGAGCAUAGUGAGGCCGAGGUCUUGUCUGAUGAACCAAUUUCUGACAACGAUAGCUAUGAUAGCUAUGAAAGUGCUGAAGACGAGGCGUAUAAACCCCCACCUCCAGGAUUUGAGGAUGACACCGAUGAUAGCUAUGAUAGCUUUGAAGAUGAAGAACUCAUGAAGAAAACAAAGAGAAAAGGUGGCAAAAGAGAUAAGAAGGGUAAGAAGAAAGCUAUUGAAAAAAAGGAUAAUGCAAAGAAGAUGGCUGUUGAAAAAAGGGAUAAUGCAAGGAAGAAAGGUGGGCCUAAACAGACUACUAGGCCCAAUAACAAAUAUGGGCCCAAUAUAACUGUUGGGCCUACUCCUACUAAUGGGUCUACUCCUACUGCUAGGCCUAGUCCUACUGCUGGUGGGUCAGAAUUUGGUGUUGGACCGGGUAUAGCAGAGGAAGGGGAUGACAUCUUUAAUGAUGAGUCUGAUGGUUUAGGAUUUGAGUCAGAGGAGUUUGAUACACCUCAAUCAUCAGACAAUGAGGGAGAUGAUUUUGAUUGGUCCCAAUUCAAUGAGGAAGCAGACUUUGGUGAUGUUCAACUCCAAUUGAACAUGGAGUUUGCCACAUUGGAUCAAUUCAAGCAUGCCUUAAAGGACUAUACUAUUGCUGAAGGAAGGAGGAUUUUUUAUGUUAAAAAUGAUAAUAGAAGAGUUAGAUGCAAGUGUGCAACUGGGGAAGAGAAGGCUAUGAUUGCAAAGGCAAAGUUCAAGACUAAAUGUAAGGCUAAAAGGAAAGAGACUGAUGCUGCAGAAGUGGAUAAUUCUGGAGAGAAUGGAACUGCUAUUGUCCCUAGCAGUGAUGAUAAUGAAUGUCCUUGGCUGAUUUAUUGUGCCUGGAAUAGUGCUAGAAGGUGCUACCAGAUUAAGACGUAUGAGCCUAAACAUACUUGUGCUAGGGAAUUCGGGUCUAACAUGGCUGAUCAGAAAUGGGUGGCUGAUAAAUUAGAGAAGAGGUUAUUGACCCAACCUCACAUGACUCAUGGCGAAGCUUUUGAUCAUAUUAAGAUAGACUUUAAUGUGGUGUGCAGUGACAAGAUGAUUUAUAGAGCUUUAAGGGUUGCUAGGGAAAGGUAUGUUGGGAAUGAGAGGGCUCAGUAUGGAAAGUUGAGAGAUUAUCUCACUGAAAUACACAGAAGUAAUCCUAGCAGCACUGCAUUGCUGGAAACAACCCCCACAAUUCCUGGUUCACCGCCAUUGUUUAGCAAACUGUAUAUUUGUCUGGAGGGGUGUAAAAGAGGGUUUAAGGCUGGUUGCAGACCACUGAUUAGGUUGUAA